ACCCAACUACCUACCUGCUCUAGUGCUCUGUUUUUUGGAAGAAAGGAAAGAGUCGCAGGAAAAUGGAGGAAGAGAAAGCCGCGGCGUACUACGAGGAGCUGACUCGCAAAGGCGGAGGAGCGGCGAGAUUUAAGCAAGGCCUCGGCUUCUCGUCCUCCUCCUCCUCGGCCUCGGACAAUGCUCCAACCAGGGGCUCGGCUCUGCCUACCUCGUCCUCCUCUUUCCUCAGCACCUUCGUCAGGGCCUCGAGCCCCACCAAGGCCUCCGAGAUACAGAAGCAAGCGCAGCUCGAGUCCAUCCAGAAUAAGCUCAGGAAGAAACCUAGCUUAGCAGAAGAAGAAGAAGAAGAGGACAAGCGGUCUAGGGUUUCGGAGAGGGGAGAAAGGGAGAGGGAUAGGGAGAGGCAUUCGAGAAGGAGAAGUAGGAGCAGAGAGAGACAUAGAGAUAGAGACAGAGACAGGGAUAGGGAUAGGGAUAGGGAUAGGGAGAGGGAGAGGGAUAGAGAGAGGAGGAAGAGGAGGAGAAGUGUGUCGCCGAGGCGGGACCGGAGGAGGAGCCGGAGUGUGUCGCCGAGAGAGCGAGAGCGGAGGAGGUCGGAGAAGAGUAGGAGUGAAGACGGGGGGGAUAGGGACAGGGAUAGAGGGGGUAAAGUGGGGAAGGAGAGGAAUGGCGGGGUUGAGUAUUCAAAGUUGAUUGAAGGCUAUGACCAAAUGACACCAGCUGAAAGAGUCAAAGCGAAGAUGAAACUUCAGCUUGCUGAAACUGCUGAAAAGGAUGCAACAAAGGGUUUGGGCUCAGGUUGGGAACGGUUUGAAUUCAACAAGGAUGCUCCACUUGAUGAUGAGGAAAUGGAAGCUGCAGAAGAUGACAAGGUGUUAGUCAAGCACAUUGGCCAGAGCUUUCGCUUUUCUGCAGUAGAGGCAAGAAGAGAGGAACAAAUCAAAGCUGCUCACGAUGAGGCCAUGUUUGGAGCAUCAUCACUUCCACCUUCCAUAAAUGCAGAGAGUGAGCCAAAAGUGGAGGACAGCGAAAAAGAAAGCAAUGAGAAUGGCCUUGUCACAAGCCUCUUAAGCGAGAAGGUACUCGCAAAGCAACAAGGAUCUUGGCGUGACCGUGCUCGUAAAGUAUAGGAUAAAUUGACAAGCUGAUGGCCAGUGUAAGAGACUGUAACCGAGGAUAUUGACUUCAAUUGCCGCAUGUCACAUGCUGGAAGUCUCAUCUAAAUGUUUCAUCAGUCAUGGUGGAGAGAUAAUGAAAUUAAUCGGAAGAAGCUUCUGCUUGUCCAUGAAUCUGCACAUUGCCGAGUGUAUUCUACUGAUGCUCAUCACCAUUGUACAGCUAGGCUCAUCGGUGGAAAGAUUCUGAUUAUCAUCCAGUUUUUGGGGUCUGAAAGAUGAAAAGUCCUGGUAUGUCUGCCACACAUUUGUGAGAAGCAGGGGCGCUUAAUUUUGUACUGUUGCGUAUUUUUCAUGAACUGUGAUCUUCGACCUUCUGCUUUUUUCGCCCAUUCCUCCCUCUGCUAGGCAGACUGCUUGUAUUUAUAUUGCGUAAUCCACCAUACAACCAUUAGUGAAUUGAUAUGUUCGUAGUCUCCAACUCGACCUGUUUAAAGUUCAGGUCAUUUAUUAAACAGAAAUUAAUUUAGACUCUUUUAUUAAACGAGUCAAAUUUGUAUCGAUUUGUAUAAGUUCAUAUAAUUUCAUUUUUAUUA